UGUUGUUGUCGUAAUGUAAACGUCAAAUGUCAGAGUUGAAACAAAAAUAUUUUUAAUUUAUUUAUUUGAAUCAGAAUGCAGUAACGAAUUGGUUUAAUUAAUCACAUUUGAUUUGGAGUAUCGCCAGUAUGAGUUUUUGAGACGGAAAGUGCUUAGUUUUUUAGUUAGGAAAUGGCACCGCCCCCUGUUGUAACAGGGCUGAGCCCUAACGAGGGGCUUCCAGGGACUAGGAUUACAAUACGAGGGGAGAAUUUCGGGUCAAAACCCACAGAUUUGAUAGGUUUGUCAAUUUGCGGCUUUGAUUGUCUUUUGUCGGCCGAGUGGAAAUCCCCCAAUAAAAUAAUCGCGAUUUCGGGGCCCGUGAAGGGCAAAGGUGAUGUGAUAGUGACGACAAGACUGGGGGGUGUAGGCACUUGUAACGUCACAUUUAAAGGGUACCACGAGACCAUCGGUCCAAUGAAAGAGAGUGCGGUUUGGGUAGAAGAAACCACCCCCUUGUUUGUAUGGGGGCGCCACUCCUUGUCCCCCAGUAGUUACCAACAGGAGGACCCGUUAGGUCUCUCCGUUGAAGGCAAUGACAAAAAAUUCCCCGAAGAUGAUUUAAUGACAUACUUUCCCGAUAAAUCGGGCGACAUUGCCUCUGGAAAUUUUUCACCAGGGUGGUUCCUUCUGGAAAAUCAUCACGCAACGUCGUUCAAUGAUCUACAGGCCGGGUUGAAUUUUUUGAGGCGCAAGGUGGAAGGGCAGAAGGAGGGCCAAUUGUCGUUUUUGAAGGCAAAUAUUGGCUCGGUUAUGGACCAAAUUGACACUCUUGUCAAUUUAAAGGAGAAAAUUGAGGCCGAUGUCGCCAAAUUCGGGACCGAGCCAACGCUCAAGCUCGAAAAAUCAAUAAAAGAAUCUGAAAGGGAAGGUAGGAAAUUGUUUGACGACGUGCUAGCGCGGCGAGACCGAGCCGAAAAGACUCGAAACGCGCUAAACGUGUUAGCCCGGUUUAGGUUCUUGUUUUGCCUCCCGUGUGUAAUAGAUAGGAACAUAAAGAAAGGUGAAUACGAUAUCGUAAUCAACGAUUACAUACGAGUCAAAAAUUUAUUCAACAAAACUGAUGUGCCUAUAUUUAAGUCUGCACUUAAUGAAGUGGACAAACGAAUAGCCGACCUUAAAAAGAAGCUCCUUACCGACUUACAAACAAUGCCAAUAACUGUAGAGCAACAGAAACGCUUAAUUAGAUACUUAGUGAAUUUAGACUGUACCGAGGACCCAGCUUGGCGGGCCAUCGAGAGCCGCUCAGCUUACAUCAACAAAAACAUAAAGCAGAUUUAUGGCGAGCACAAUGUCGAGAAACCCGAUCCGAGAUCGAAGUCAAACUCGACGUCGAAAUACUCGAAAUACAACCCUCCGCCUCAGAACGACUUAAACACAGUUCCGGCAAACGUGAAUUUUAUUGACGAAAUUUGCCUCAGUAUUUCGGAAACGUUCCCAGACUUGUGGAAAAUCGGCCAGGCUUAUUUCUCGGGUGAAUUGCGAGUCAAAAUCGAACCCGGACGCCACGUCGAAUUUAAACACAUUGUUAUGACAAUAAUGGAGAGUUUUUGCAAAUCAAUCCGGUCGUCUUUGAUCCCCAACACUCUCGAUAAGGCCGAUAAAAGCGCGCUCGGGUCUUGGACAAUCCCCGAACUUGAGGAGGUGGCGCCGUUCUUGCCCGAAAUUUUACGAUGUGUGCGCUCGACUUACAUCGCUUUAAUUAAGUUAGAUUUGCCGAGUGAGGCUCUGGAUAUUGUCUCGUCGCUUUUACUCGACUUGCGGAUACACUGUAUGAGUACUUUAUUCAAGCAAGCGGCCGAACAAAUCAAGCAGUUGAACGAGAACUGGAAAAUUGAUUUUAGUGGGAACCACGUUGGGAUAACCGAACUGCCAAUCAAAUUCGAGCGCAUCAUCCAAGACGUGAUCCAAAUCGUUAAGGAAUCGGUUUUAUCGACGGAGCAGCGCGAAACACCUCUCUUGGAAAAUCCGACUGCGCAUAAAGAGUUGGAUAAACAGAUCGAAGCAGUUUUAGUGUCGUUUCACAACGUUUUGAACAAUUUAUCGUCGGAUGAGAGUUGUGAUGACGAUGAGGAUACGUCACCUGUCGUCUCGCAACUAAUCGGAACUCCGAUCAAUGGCUAUAGAACGAAUUAUACCAAUAAUAAUAUGCCGAUUUGGGAGCACCGUCUUUUAAUAACACUCUCGAAUUGCCUCUAUGCCAAAAACGUGGUCUUUGACACCAUUUUACGGAAGUUCAAGGAGAGUGGUUUCCCGGCACCGGAAACGCCAGUCAAAAACGCCAAAGAUAAGUUGGAUGUGCUCGAAAAAACGAUCCUUGAGAAGUAUUUGGAACAGAAAAGUGAUCCUUUAGUUGGCACAAUCGAACCCUCAAUGUAUUUAGGCCGAUUUGAUUGGGACAUUGAAAUAACCCCCAAUAAUAUAAGGCCCUAUGCAAAGGAGUGCAUCAAUAACGUGAUCCAUGUCCACUCUGAAGUUAACAGUAUUUCGUCUUCUCUACUAGAAAGCGUACUUCCUCAAGUAGUCCUAACGAUAGCCGAAGAGUUAUACCGACUGAUGUCCUGUGUUCAGAAGUUUAGCAAAGGCGGGGCACAACAAGCCAGAGCCGACAUAAGCGCACUGCAAAUUUUUUUCGACCAUUACUCGACACCUAAAGCUCGGAGCUACUUUCAGGAAGCUUUAGAUAUUAUUCCUCCGCUUGAAAACUCCGAAGCCACUGUGGUGCAGGAUAUUUUGAGACAGUGCAGGGCCCGCAUGAGGAUACAACUCCUGUGUCUAACGUCACACGCAAACGGGCCAGUCAAGAAAAGAUCUCAUUAACUCGACAAGCUUAGUAACUGUGAUUCUAUUGCUCAUUAUUUUUCCAAUAACUAUUUGUACAUAAAGUAAGAUGCCUUGAAGACGAAGUAAUAAUAGGGUGUAUUUCGUGUACAGUUUCAGUUGUAAUUUAUCGUGGUUAACUUUUGUUCUAGGGUGUACAAUAAUUUUGUGUAAAAUGUAAUAAAAGAUUAACUUAUUUAAAA